AUGACCCUCACUUGCUAUGAAGCACAGUUCCGUCGCGAUGUACCUCACUUGGAGAAGGAAGACUCGGUCGGGUCCAAGAAAGCGCCAGAGGAAGGAAUGACUCUGCGGUAUGAUGCGACGUCAGGUUCGACGAAACGCAAACUGCAGAUCAUGCAAUCCUCCAAACCAGCCGUCACCACCCUCAAAAGUCGGCGGGCAACGCGACGACACUCACAAGUCGAUCACGCCCAGCCAUGUCGCAUCGCUAAACCGCCCGUAGCCCACCCGGCGGUGGAUGCCCACAUCGCCGCUGCACCGCGCCGCAACCUCGGCUACGCCCAGGGAAGUGUCGGCGAAUUACGCACUAGCGAACUAUAUGACAGAGAGAAGACCAGUCCUCGUCGGAACUCAACUUCCCCUGCCACUGCGUUCAGGAGCGAAAUUUCCAUAAUCCUUCCAAUUGACUUUUGGCAGGCGUAA